GUGCUGAAAGCAUCGUUGCAAUUAUGAUCAGCAACCUGAAAGGCAUGGAGAUCUUGCACCGGAUUGAGAGUGGCCUGAAAGUGACUAUGGUUAUUGAAGUGGGGAAAACGCACGAUCCUUGGAUGAAUCGAUUCUCCCUCUUCUUCAUCUCCGUGUCAUCUUUCAUCAUCACAGUAGUAACCAUAGGCUACUUUAUUUUUUAUUCUGUUCGGCGUCUCAGGAUCGCAAGGGCCCAGUCCAGGAACCAGAGUCGACUAACAGCCAAGGCGAAGAAGGCCAUUGCGCGGUUACAGCUGCGCACCCUGAAGCAAGGGGACAAGGAAACCGGUCCUGAUGGAGAUAGCUGCGCUGUGUGCCUUGAGCUGUACAAGCCAAAUGAAGUAGUGCGUAUUCUGACUUGCAACCAUCUCUUCCACAAGAACUGUAUUGACCCCUGGCUUCUGGAACACAGGACAUGUCCAAUGUGCAAAUGUGACAUACUCAAAAUUUUGGGUGUUCAGGUGGAUGUAGAAGAAGGGUCUGAGUCUGUGCAAGCCACAGUAUCCAGUGGGACAUCAAAUAUUGCUACAGUUCAUUAUGAAGAUGAUAAUCGUAGUGAAACAGCAUCAUCUGGAUACGCUUCUGUACAGGGAGCAGAUGAAUCUGUUCUGGAGGAACAUGCACCAUCAGAAAAUGACAACAUGCAUCUUGUAAACAAUGAAUCCCAGGUGUCUGCUGUGAAUGUCCUUCCACACAUUGACAACCCAAGUUUUGAGGCAGACGAAACACAG